AUGGACAAUGCCGGGUUGUCACAUUUACCAUCCAAAUCUGAUUUUUUCAAGAAGUUAAAAAAGAAGGCUCAUCCAUCAUCUCCUGCUUACACAGUUAAACCUCAAAUUAGUCGAAAAGCGUUAUUUUUAGACAAGUUCAAGAACCAGUUUCUCUUGAAUCAAAGAAACGAAGGGCAGCAAAUAUGCAAAACAUAUUUUGAAAAGGAGAUUAUUAUUACUUCACCUCCUGUGUCAACUAUCGAAGCUUCGCAUGAUCAAGCUACUUGUCUUGCUGUUUCUUCUACCUUUGAUACUUCCACCAUAGACAGUUCCACUUCAUUGACUCCAUUUUUUUCUACUCCAAUUGUUCCCCAUUCACCCACAUUCGAUAAUAUUCUCAAUCAACCUAUUAACUCAUUAUUUUCCUCCCAAUCCACCGAUCCACUUGUUACUAACAAACAAGACAAAACCCCAACUGAUGACGAGGAGAAUGUGUUCAAUGGAACAUUUGCUGACAUACAAUUUGAUCUGGAGGAGGAGGAAGUUCCAGAUAAUAUGCUUCUUACAGGAAAACAGUUCAAAAUCCUCAAUCGAAAGCUUAAUUCACUUUUACAAAUUCAAGCUGAUGGAGGAGGUAAAAAUUCGGCAUCUAGUUUGGAGGUUGAUAAGCUGCUCAAACGUCAAGAAAAUUGUCUUUAUGAUGCCAUUCAAGAUGCUGAACGAAACAAUGAGAAAAGGGUGAAGAAUCAGUUAUCGACUUUUGCUUCUAAUUUAAAGGAAUUGAAGGUAGUAGCGAAGGAACUACACAUCUUGUUUGUUCAAGAUGUCAAGAUUGUUCGAGAAUAUGUCAAUUUAAAGAAGCUCUUGGUCCGAAGGUUGAGCAGAUGUCUGUGGAUGAAGUUAAGAGUUUUUCAAACAUAA